AUGUGGCUUUCAAGUUCAAAUGGAGGUAACAAGGGAAGACGAGGAGGAAGGAACGGCCUAGUUGCCGUGGCCAUCGAUAAAGACAAAGGAAGCCAAAACGCUCUCAAAUGGGCUUGCGAGAAUCUCAUCACGAGAGGCCAAACCGUUAUUCUCAUCCACGUCAUCCAAAGAUCGCAUUCCGUGAUGCCAUCAUUUGGAAAAUAUGCGGUCAAUGGUCUCAAUGGCGCGAAAAAUGCUCAAAAGAAUGUCCUUGAGAAGCAAACCAAAGAGCUAUUGCUCACCUUUCAUUGCUAUUGUACUCGUAAAGAUAUACAAUGUUUAGAUGUUGUCCUGGAAGACACGGACGUAGCAAAAGCAAUAUCAGAAUGUAUGGCUCAUGCUGCAAUCGAGAAUCUGGUUCUUGGCGCGUCUCGCCAUGGAUUUAUCAAGAGAAUGAAGACAGUGGACAUACCGACUAAGGCAUCAAAAGCAGCACCCGAUUUCUGCACAGUUUAUGUCAUUUCGAAAACAAAGAUAUCUUCUGUCAGGAAUGCGUCCCGUCUGGCGCCAUUUGUGUCCCCUCUCUUAGCACAAAUACAGCAAAUCGAGGAACAGGCGAACAAAACCGAAACCUUAACUGCUGCCGAUAAUCUGUCCAAGCGCACACCAAGCAUGAGAGGUGGAGGUUUUAGGACACCACUAAAGGCUGCAGUUGAUGACACUGAUUUCAUAAGGACACCAUUUUCGAGGGGAAGAGGGUACAAUCCAAAGAUGUUUGGCGAUCUCUCGGAACUCGAUACGGAUAUAUCAUUCGUAAGCUCAGACAGAGACAGGACGAGCACAGACCGUGUCUCUGGCAUACUUUUCGACAGCAUCGACUCUUGCCGGACCCCACGAGUUUCGUUGAGCUCAGAAAGCAGUUAUGGGUCCAUGCAUUCGGGGGCCAAAGGGAGCGAAUAUAGUUCAUUCACAGACUUUUCGACAUCCUCAGUCGAGAGCGACGAUGCUCAAGCUGAAAUGAGAAGGCUGAAGCUUGAGCUGCAGAGGACCAUGGAAAUGUACAGCACAGCAUGUAAAGCAGCUCUAACAGCAGAACAAAAGGCAAUGGAGCUCCACAGGUGGCGAGAGGAGGAAGAACGACGGCUAGAAGAGGCCCGUCUAGCUGAGGAGUCGGCCCGUCUAACUGCCGAGCAAGAGAAGGCCAAAUACAAAGCGGCCUUGGAAAAUGCCGAAAAGAGAGUGAGUUCCGAGACGAAAGCCUCGGAGGACUCAGACGAGAAGGCUCAUAGUCUAUUGGCCAUGAGAUACAGAAGGUACACUAUAGAUGAGAUCGAGAAAGCAACCGAGUUUUUUGCCGAGAAGCUUAAAGUCGGGGAAGGUGGCUAUGGCCCAGUGUACAAAUGCCACCUGGACCAUACACCCGUUGCCGUUAAGGUCCUCCGGCCGGAUGCCGUUCAGGGAAGGUCUCAGUUUAAUCAAGAGGUCGAGAUCCUGAGCUGCAUGAGGCACCCGAACAUGGUACUCCUCCUCGGCGCGUGCCCCGAGUACGGCUGCCUCGUCUACGAGUACAUGUCAAACGGCAGCCUCGAGGACCGGCUCUUCCGCCACUCUGGCAGACCUCCGCUGACCUGGCAGCUCCGGUUCCGAAUAGCAGCUGAAGUUGCCACGGGCCUACAUUUCCUCCACCAGGCCAAGCCCGAGCCUUUGGUCCACCGAGACCUCAAGCCUGGUAACAUCCUCCUCGACAACAACUUCGUGCCGAAAAUUGGUGAUGUGGGCCUGGCCCGACUCGUCCCGCCUUCAUAUGCUGCCAGCGAGGACUCUGUCCACCUCCGUAUGACAUCAGCUGCCGGGACAUUCUGCUAUAUUGACCCAGAGUAUCAGCAGACGGGCAUGCUUGGGGUCAAAUCAGACCUUUACUCGUUCGGGAUUAUACUUUUGCAGCUGCUGACAGCAAAGCCAGCUAUGGGGUUGGCUCACCAUGUGGGCCGGGCGGUCGAGCGGCGGGCUUUGAAAGAGGUUUUGGACCCGGAAGUGCCGGAUUGGCCCGAAGAGGAGGCCAUGAGGAUUGCAAGAUUGGGCCUGAGGUGUGCGGAGAUGAGGAGGAAAGAUCGGCCGGAUCUCGGUAAAGUUGUUUUGCCGGAGCUAAUUAGGCUGAGGGAGUUUGCUGAGGAGAAUAUGGGGCAGUUUCUCGUGGGUGGCAUGGCGCGUUUUUCCGUAAUCGACGGUCGAGUUUCUACGGAUCAUAACAAGGUAAUGAAGAGCGAGCCUAAAGUAAAACUUGAAUAUAGCACACCAAAAGCCUGUCUGAGUACAGCAUCUCUACCAGACAACCUAUCUGAAGCUGCUGAAUGA